CCACACCCUUUCCCCAGAUUCAAACACUCCCACGAUGCUCCAUGAAGACCUGCUUGGGUCAGAAAAGCCUGUCUUUGGGUUCAGACACUGAGCCAGCAUCUCGGGAGACGAGCAACCACUGAGAGCUCUGAUGGCCACCUCCCAAUCAGGAGGCAGGUACCCAAGGGCGGGCUCCUCACCCACCCGACCCAGGGUUGCACCCAGAGAGCAGAACCCCUCCUUCCUGGAAAACAGGUGGAGGGGCGCAGGCUGACACCCCACCCCGCUUUUGAGCCCCUCAUGCAGGGUCUGUCUCCUCACCCGUAAAACCAGACAAAAGGGCAGCCGACAGCAUGGGAACAGCCAAGGGCUGGAGAGAACCGAGGACCGCUCCCACCGGCUCCCUUUGCACCCUGACAUCAGGCUGCUCCCAUGGGGAGGCAGGGUGGGUCUCCUGGGCCCGAGGACUUUUCCUCCACGACGACGCAGCUAUGCAGCCCCUCUGCCCUGUCCCUGCCCUUCCCCUGGGUUCAGCCCAGAAUCCUAGGCCACCAUCUCCUCCGCACCCUCGGCCCCUCCUCCAGCACCUUCCUGCCCACCCAUCGCCUGGGCCCCGGUGGCAGGAAGGGAGGUGCUGGGCACCGUUCCUUCAGAGCUGCCGCCACCUGCGCCCAGCGCCAGGUCAUCUGUGCGCACACCUCUGGCCCUGACAUGCCCCCCACGGAGCCCUGGAGCCCCAGCCCAGGGAUGGAGUUCUGGGACUACUCGGGGUCGGGCGCCCUGGAGGAGGAACUGGAGCUGUGCGCGUCCUGGGAGCUGCCCUACGCCCACGCCUUCGUCCCCGCGCUCUACCUGGCGGCCUUCACCCUGGGCCUGCUGGGCAACUGCCUGGUGGUGCGGCUGCUGGCCGGGCGGCGCGGCCCGCGGCGGCUGGCAGACACCUUCGUGCUGCACCUGGCGGCCGCCGACCUGGGCCUGGUGCUGACGCUGCCGCUGUGGGCAGCGGCGGCCGCGCUGGACGGCAACUGGCCCUUCGGCCCCGAGCUCUGCAAGCUGAGCGGCUUCGCGCUGGCCGCCUCGCGCUGCGCGGGCGCGCUGCUGCUGGCCGGCCUGGCCGCCGACCGCUACCUGGCUGUGGCCCGGCCGCUGGCCGCGCGGCCGCUGCGCUCCCCGCAGUGCGCCCGCGCCCUGUGCUGGGGCGUCUGGGCCACGGCGCUGCUGGCCGGCCUGCCCGCCCUGGUCUCCCGCGACUUGCAGCCGCUGCCCGGGGCCCCGGGCAGCCAGUGCGGGGAGCGGCCCUCCGACGCCCUCCAGGUCCUCGGACUGCUGCUGUUGGUGCUCACCUGCGCGCUGCCCCUGGGCGCCACCCUCUUCUGCUACUGCCGCCUGGCGCGUCGCCUGCGCCGGACGCGUCGCCCGCGCCUGGGCCGCGUCCCCAGGACCCCGCUGCGCAUCAUCUGCGCCGUGGAGGGCGCCUUCGUGGGCUCCUGGCUGCCCUUCGCCACCCUGCGCGCCGUCCUGCACCUGGCGCGCCUCGGGGCGCUGCCGCUGCCCUGCCUCCUGCUGCAGGCGCUGCGCUGGGGCCUCACGAUCGCCACCUGCCUGGCCUUCGGCCACAGCUGCGCCAACCCGCUCAUCUACCUGCUGCUGGACCGCUCGUUCCGCGCCCGGGCCUGGCGCCUGGCGCACGGGCUCAGUUCCGUGUCCUCGCGCUCCGGGGACCCCAGCGCCGAUGUCCGGGGCCCGGCCGAAAACGGGGGCCGAGCGAGCACGGCGAGCCCGGCCCAGAUCGGCCUGUAGCGGCUGCAGCUCGCGGGCCGCGCAGGGAAACUGCUGCGUCCUUAUUCUCACCUCCUCUGUGGGCGGCAGGCGGCUCCAGCCGGCACCGCCUCGGACCCAGAGCCUCCUUGGUUGACUGUCCCAGCGCUUCCUGAACUCCCCCAGCCAGGCUGCUGGGACCACCGGUCCCUCAGCCCAGUGGGCCCCUGGGCUAACUUGCUCCAAUCCAGUGAAAGUCCUGUGAGACCAGCAGACAGCAGCUGGUACAGCCACAGGCUCCCCAGGUACGGGAGAGGGAAGUGAGUUCCUUCUGGGCCGCAUCCGGAGCAGCACCGGCCAGAAUAUCAAACCCCAAAAGCCACAGGUCUCCAGCUGCAGUUUCUUUGGUCUCUAGAAUAACCAUCAUCUCCUGAGAAAUAACUUCUCCAAGUCAGACCCUCGGGCCCUUUCAUGCUUCAAAAAAUUCUCUGGACUGUGGGAAAGGGGAGCCCUUUUCACACUGUGGUCUUUGUAGCUGUGUUUGCUGCGUCAUCAGUCGCCAUCAGUUCAGACUUUCAUUUGCAAACUUCACCGAAGCCCCACUGCGAACUGCCCAGUUUAUUCACCCCACAAUUUCCCAGAGGUGCAGCCCUAAUUUGGGGUCUUCUCCCCCCUCCCGUGGACUCACCUGCAAGUCGUCCUGGCCCUUCCCUUGGAUGGAGGGUCCUGAACUCUCUCAGCAGACGUUCAGCUUCUCCAACACUCAGCCAGACAGCAGACUCUUCUGUGUGAGUUCACCUUUCGCAAUAAACACUUGCC